CUAGUUGGCCUUGCGUUUUAUAUUGUCCCGAAAAAUACACUUAUUCACUUCAUCCUAAGCACAAGCAUGGGGGUUCAGGGUAAGGCUUUAAGCGAGGACUCAUCUGAUCUACAGCAGGGGAGGAAGCGCCAAUUGUUGCGAGUGACACCCUUACUGAAAUCCGUGGCCCUCAGCAUCUACCUGGGAUUUGGCUUCAAGUGGUACAUGAUCAACGUGAACCGCUGUCGCUUCCGGAAGAAGCGCUACUUCAUCAACCUGACAAACUUCCCCGACCAACUGCCCCGGGUCCUUUCAAACACCCUGAAGCUGCUCAAGUACCCGAACUGGACCACCAUCUUCACUCUGACCACGCCGCGCAGCUUUCUGACCUACCAAGCCUUCUUCCCAAUGUACUCCAUCGUAAGAUUGGUCACCAAAAGCGGAACGCCUCUCAAGCCGGAACCGUGCCGAUCGAAGUUCAAAGGUCGGUUCCUGAUUAGGCGCAAGAAGCGAUAAGCCUAUCGACUUAUUAUGGUGUUGAUUCGAAAAAAGUGUCCCUUUAGGAAUUGCUCUGGGCCUAUUCUUUCUGGAGCGCUCAAUUUCCAGUUGACUGGAACAUGACUUUGACCUAAUGAAAAUACAAAUAAAAAGAGCAGGCUUUUAUUUCUCAGUA